GGGAACAGCUCACUCUCCCUCUUCUAGGUAGAAACACAGCAGACUAUUUCCCAAAAUGGAAAGAUUUCUGUGGCCUCUAGUAAUCUUUCACAUCAUCGUGGGCAUCGUUGGUUUGCCCGGUAACACUCUCAUCAUUUUAGUGUGUAGCAGGAAACGACAGAUCAUGAGUCCGCACGUCUUUAUUCUCGCUUUGGCUGUAGCGGACCUGAUCGUCUGCCUCUUCACUCCCGUCACUGUAUACCACUGGUACAACAGGCUCAACUACACCAGUGAUUUCUUGUGCCGUCUUGUUGUCAGUGUGACUUUUGUCACAGUGUACAACUCUUGUUUCUUAACAUCUGCCAUCGCGGUAGACCGGUAUCAGGCCAUUUGCCGACCCCAUCGGCGCUGGAUGACCGUCCGGCGUGCCAAAAUUGCAGCAGUAGUCUGUUCGGUUUUGGCGGUGCUCAUCAGUGUUCCAGUAUUUGCAUCGUACGACAUCAGUCCGUAUGGCCAAGUCGCCGAGUCAGGAGAGUGUGCCAUCAGCAAAAACGUACCAACCUGGCUGAUACAUUUAAUGACCACGAUAAUUUACACUGCAUCUUUAUGCACCCUUGUCGUCAAUAUCGUUCUCUACGGAAUGACGUACCGUGCUAUCCGUAAACAAGUCACUGUGCGGCCUGGUCAAGACAGUGCUAAUGGGUCAACGACUAGCCACACCUUAAGACGUACCCGCUUUGUUCCCACAGUUUCAGGGUUAUCUUCACAAUCUCAUCAGGCGGAACUUAACGUUAAUACAUGCGACCAGGUUUUGAGCACUUCCGGGCAAAACCUGGCAGUAUCUUCACAAGAUCAUGGUCGACGACAAAAACAUCCAGAACGACACAUUCAUAAUUUGCAGCCACAGCAACAGCAGAAGACAGAAAAGAGUGCCAAAUUCAUUCACAAGAACUCCCCCAAAAAGUCAGCGAACUGGCUUUCCAGUAAAACAACAAGCAUCAGCAACUUAAAUGGAAAUCAACGACAGCAGCGCAGAUUUCGCAGCAAGACCACCAAAAUGCUGGUUAUCACCACUGCCGUAUUCUUUGCCACGUGGCUGGUGGCACUUGUCAUUGUGUCCCUACCACAGCACAUUCAUAAAUACAUCUACGAAAGCAACCAGGUUGGUUACUCGUUCUUAUAUCUGUUUAAAUAUGGUUUCUACUUGAAUAAUGCCGUCAACCCAUUUAUUUACGGCUUUGUGAAUAAACAAUUCCGCGUGGAUAUGAGGAAGACGCUGUCUGCCCUCAGGUGCUGCUGGCAUAACAGUAAUCGGGCCACACACAGAAACUUGUUAAAUUGA